UCUCUCUUCUCUCCUCCUUAAUUUGAGCGGCGAUGGCUUCUUCUUCUUCCUCCUCCUCUUUCUGUUAUUACCUAGUGUGCUUCUUGGGCCUCUCCGUUGUGAGAGGUAUAAUGGCCGCUUCACCAAAAAAGCCCGUGAGCGUCCCGUUCCAAAAGAACUAUGCACCUACUUGGGCUUUAGAUCACAUCAAGUACUUCAAUGGAGGCAGAGAGAUCCAACUCCAUCUUGAUAACUACACGGGAACUGGGUUCCAGUCCAGAAGCUCCUACUUGUUUGGGCACUUCAGCAUGCAGAUAAAGAUGGUUCCUGGAGACUCCGCAGGAACUGUCACCGCCUUUUAUCUGUCAUCUCAGAACUCGGAGCAUGAUGAAAUAGAUUUUGAGUUCUUGGGGAACAGGACAGGGCAGCCCUACAUACUGCAGACCAACGUGUUCACUGGUGGAGAGGGGAACAGAGAGCAAAGGAUCUACCUCUGGUUUGAUCCUAGCAAAGCAUACCAUUCCUACUCUGUUCUCUGGAAUAUGUACCAAAUUGUUUUCUUUGUGGAUGACAUCCCCAUCAGAGUCUUCAAAAACAGCAAAGACCUAGGUGUCAGAUUCCCCUUCAAUCAGCCCAUGAAGCUCUACUCAAGCCUUUGGAAUGCAGAUGACUGGGCCACAAGAGGUGGCCUUGAAAAGACUAAUUGGGCUAAUGCACCUUUUGUCGCUUCCUAUCGGGGAUUUCAUAUCGACGGCUGUGAGGCCUCGGCCCAUGAAAAAUUAUGCGCGACUCAGGGUCGGCGGUGGUGGGAUCAGAAGGAGUUCCAGGACCUCGAUUCUUAUCAGUAUCGACGACUUGGGUGGGUAAGAAAGAGAUGGACGAUAUAUAACUAUUGUAACGAUAGUUCAAGGUACCGUAGGAUGCCACCGGAGUGCAAGAGGGACAGAGAUAUUUAAAGGGAAUGAAGCGGGAAGUUGUUUGGGCUGAUACUGGGCUUUGUUGAUUAUAUGGGUUUUUGCAUUUUUAUAUUUAAUGUCUUCUCGUAUUUAUUCAUGAUGAUGGACAUGAGGGGUAACAUGGUACGGAAUAUGUUCUCUUCUUUCUUUGGAAAAAUUUGUUGAGGUUUUAUGAUCUAUCAUUUAUGUUGUGGGCUAGACAAUCAGCUCAAAUUCAUAUACUUUGUAGUUGAACUAAACAAAGGCCAUUAACAACUGCACUAGGGAUUGAGCUUGAAAAUCUCACGCUGGUUAGGGGCCCAAACCUGGCCUAUACAUAUAUGUAUAUGCGCCCAAGACUCCCAACUGUA